GAUAAUGUUUUUCUUAUUUGUUUUGUGUUGGUCAUAAUGUAGUAUAUUGAUGGGGUUAAUUAUCUACCAUCUCUAUCACUCUUACAUAUUGAACCUCAAAGCUAUUUGAAAGCUAUUUGAGAAGAAGUGGGGAAAUUAUCUGAAAGAUAUAAUAACACUGACACUAUAUAACUGUUCAAUAACUCUGGUGAUACAGUGGUGCUACAGUGAUCAAGUGAUCGCAUCAACAUGAGGUUCUGCAGACUAUUGUUUUUUGCACUUUUCUUAAAAGUUGCAAACAGCGACGUGACAAGCAAGACAAAUGACAUAAUAUCACAUUUUACACAUGAAAUUAAUAAUUGGAUAACAAUAGAUGAGAAAUCUGAAGAAUUUCAACAGUUAAUCCAUAAUCUAUCUCUUCCAACUAAUCUGUUGCGUAAAGAUUGGCGUAGUUUCGACGGUGAAAAUAGCGAAAAGAUUUGCAUAAUAUGUAAGUCUGUCCUAAAUACUUUUAUAAACUAUCGUAGACAGGGCAUGUCAAUGCAAGAUAUAAAGAAUAAAAUGAUUAAAAUUUGUACUCUACUGAAAUUGCAAUCUCCACAAGUCUGCGAUGGUGUGAUAACUAUCAAUUUGCCAACAAUUUUGUAUAUCAUAGAUUCAAAGCCUAAUUUAACGGCAGAUACAAUUUGCGGAGUUUUAUUAGAAUCACCGUUUUGUCCACUUAAUAAUAACGAGUUUAAUUGGACAGUUAAUAUUGAUGAUGGUCCUCCAAAAUAUAUUAAACCGGAAGAGAGCAAUGAAACCAUAAAUAUAUUGCAAAUAACAGAUAUUCAUUACGAUCCUAACUACGAACCUUAUGGUAAUGCAUAUUGCAAUGAGCCAACUUGUUGCCGAAAAGGACAAAACGACACAAAUACAAGCGGCAAGGUGGCAGGCUAUUGGGGAGAUUAUCAUUAUUGCGACAGUCCGUGGCAUAGCGUUCUUGACGUCCUAGAUCACGUUAUAGCUGAACAUCAAAAUAUUUCCUAUGUUUACUUCACUGGUGACGUAAUAGACCACGGUAUUUGGGAGACUAGUAUAGAGAUUAAUAUAUAUAGUGUGAACAAUUCUUUUAGAUUUGCACCUAGGAUUAUUACUAAUAAUGAGAUAAGCACGCAAUGGCUGUAUGAACUAAUGGCUGAUUUAUGGAUUGAUUUCGGGUGGUUACCGGAAUCUACACGUCCUACUAUUCUAGAAGGCGGAUUUUAUACGGUUUCGCCUAAAAAAGGAUUUAGAAUUAUAGUUUUGAACAAUAACGUGUGUUAUUCUUACAACUGGUGGCAACUAUAUCAACCGCGAGAUCCUGAUGGUCAGUUACAAUGGUUGGCGGAUAUGCUUUUGCAAGCUGAAAUGGAUAGAGAGUAUGUGCACAUAUUAGCGCAUCUUCCUCCUGGUAAUACGGAUUGUCAAACUACGUGGAAAAGAGAAUACGUCAAAAUUGUUAAUAGAUUUGCCCACAUAAUCAGAGCGCAAUUCAACGGCCAUACGCACAAAGAUGAAUUACAGCUGAUUUAUGGCAGUGAUGAUAAUAGCAAGAUUAGUAACGUCGCUUGGAACGGUGGUAGCGUAACUACUUACCAGAAUGUAAAUCCCAAUUAUAAGUUUUACACUAUUGACAGCAAAAAUUACGAAGUCAAAGAUUUCGAGAAUUGGAUAUACAAUUUGACUUUAGCGAAUAUUAACUCUGAUCAGCGGCCAUUAUGGUAUAAGUCAUAUUCGUUUAAAGAGGAAUAUGAACUUUCCGACUUGACGUACGAUUCAUUACAAGCUUGGUUGUUUAAAUUACUGAAUGACGAGAAGCUGCUAAAUCGUUACUACAGGAACUAUUUUAAACAAGCUGAACCAUCACUGACGAAGGAAUGCGAUGCAAAAUGCAUGAGAGUUUUCAUAUGCGACGUAAUUGUGAAUCUGGGAGAUCACAAAAUUAAAUGUGAUAAUUAAUAGUCUUGAAUU